ACCAACCCUUUCUUAAAUCUCAUAAAACCCUACAAAAACCCUCUCUCGGCAGUUGCCCGUCUCUUGCUCCCUCCCUCUCUCCCGCUGUGUGGAGUUUUUGACAUCCCUUUUCAUGCUUCUCAAGUCAUGCAUCUUACCUUGACACCAACACCAUUUCCAAUUCGUCUCGAAUUCUAGAACUAGGGUUUUUCUCUUUUGAAAGAUAAGAGGGAGAAUAUGGCAAGAACUUGUGCUGCUGGGCUCAUUUCGGCCUUAGCCUCUGCUUCUCUGGGUAUUGACUGUGCAUAUGCCGAUGGUUCCUUCAGCUUUUCACCUUUCCAUUCUUCUUCUUCUUCUUCUCCGGCUGCGCCCCAAGGUUCCCCUGGAAUUCCUCAACACGAAUCCUCAUCAUCGAAAGAAGAGGCUCCUCCGCGGGUUCGCAAUGAUAACCCGCGCACCACCUCAGCUGGGUUCGAUCCUGAAGCAUUGGAGAGAGGCGCCAAGGCGCUUCGGGAGAUUAGCAGCUCUGCCCAUGCCAAGAAGGUGUUUGAGGUGAUGAAGAAGCAGGAGGAAACAAGACAAACAGAGUUGGCUACAAAGGCGUUGGAGUUUAAAGCAAUGCAAGCUCACUCUGAAACAGAGAGGCAAAAGGUUAUAUAUGAAGAGCAGAAAAAGCUAGCUCAGCAGCAGGCUCAAAUAAAAUCUCAGAUGGCUCGAUAUGAGGAUGAAUUGGCAAGGAAAAGGAUGCAGGCAGACAAUGAACAUCAAAGAGCAAGGAAUCAAGAGCUCGUAAAACUACAGGAAGACUCAUCAAUUAGGCAAGAGCAAGCCAGGCGAGCUACAGAAGAGCAGAUUCAAGCACAGCGUCGGCAAACAGAAAGGGAGAAGGCUGAGAUGGAGCGUGAAACAAUAAGAGUGAGAGCCAUGGCAGAAGCAGAAGGGAGAGCCCAUGAAGCAAAGCUGGCAGAAGACGUUAAUAGACGAAUGCUGAUGGAACGUGCUAGUGCAGAGAGAGAGAAAUGGGUUGCUGCUAUAAACACUGCUUUUGAUCAUAUUGGAGGGGGUUUGCGGGCUAUAUUAACGGAUCAAAAUAAGUUGGUUGUAGCUGUUGGUGGAGUGACAGCUCUUGCUGCAGGAAUCUAUACAACAAGGGAAGGUGCAAAGGUGAUUUGGAGCUAUGUUGACAGAAUAUUGGGACAACCGUCUUUGAUCAGGGAGUCCUCCAGAGGAAAGUACCCCUGGUCAAACUUGUUUUCUCGUAACUUUAGCACUUCAUCACGUAGCAUGAAUAAGGGGUCUGCCUCAAAAAAUGGGAAUGGAUUUGGAGAUGUGAUUUUGCAUCCUUCCCUUCAGAAAAGAAUUGAGCAGCUGGCUAAUGCAACUGCCAACACAAAAUCCCAUCAAGCGCCAUUCCGGAACAUGCUGUUCUAUGGCCCUCCAGGAACAGGGAAAACUAUGGCUGCCAGAGAGCUGGCUCGGAAAUCUGGAUUGGAUUAUGCUUUGAUGACUGGUGGAGAUGUUGCACCGUUGGGAUCACAGGCAGUUACAAAGAUACAUCAACUGUUUGAUUGGUCUAAAAAGUCUCGUAAGGGCUUACUGCUCUUCAUUGAUGAAGCAGAUGCAUUUUUGUGCGAGCGGAACAAAACCUAUAUGAGUGAAGCCCAAAGAAGUGCUCUCAAUGCCCUCCUUUUCCGCACUGGUGAUCAGUCCAAGGACAUAGUCCUUGCACUUGCUACAAACCGUCCUGGAGAUCUUGAUUCAGCUGUGGCAGACCGUGUUGAUGAAGUUUUGGAGUUCCCUUUGCCCGGGGAAGACGAACGCUUCAAGCUUUUGAAGCUUUAUCUGGACAAAUACAUAGCUCAAGCUGGAGCCCGUAAACCUGGCUUCUUCUCACAAUUGUUCCAGAGACAGCAACAGAAGAUAGAGAUUAAGGGAUUAACUGAUGAUGUUCUAAGGGAAGCAGCAGCUAAAACUGAUGGAUUCUCUGGCAGAGAGAUUGCAAAAUUGAUGGCUGGUGUCCAAGCUACCGUUUAUGGUAGCGAGAACUGUGUGCUUGACCCAAAAAUGUUUCGCGAGGUUGUAGAUUAUAAGGUUGCGGAACACCAACAGAGAAGGAAACUUGCUGCUGCAGAGGGAGGAAACACUUGACGGUGCCCCCUUUUAGUUUUAUGAUUAUGAGAAAUUUUUUCCCAUGAGGGGAAAAUUAGCGGGGUUUUGCAUGUGUUUUAUCAUGAUGUUGUUAUCAUUAUUUUCCCCUGCAAUUUCUUAUGGGGGAAUUUUGGUGCAUUAUUUAAUGUUCCAUUUAUUUUAAAUUCUAGUUAUGAUCAUAAAGUAUUUAUAAUUUUUUGUUCC